AUGAAAGACUUCAAUCGGUUCUCCUCGGAGAUCAUGUGCUUGUCUUUGCCUCCGAUCACAUCCAUCAUUGAUAUGGAUUCACACAUUGCGUCCGAUUCGCCACUCAAUGAUCACUGGGAUGUCCAACAAAUGAUGGUGAUGACAGCAAUGAAAAGACAUUCAACGGACACAAGGGUUGAGGCGAAGAGAGCGUCCAACUGGUGGACCAAUGGAUUGCUGAGUGCUAUGAAAGACCAAUCACUCGUUGUCUUGAAGGAUGACUUGAUUACUAUCAUUGAAGACAAAUAUCCAAAGUCCCGACACCAUCUGCUAGUCAUCCCCAAUAAGAACUCAGGCAUGGAUUCUGUGGAUGACUUGACCGCAAGUGAUGUGCAACUCAUUGAUCACAUGACACUCAAAGGCAAACAAAUAUCACAACAAUUUGACGGAAGCGUUGAAUUCCGGUUCGGUUUCCAUCGGAUUCCGAGUCUUAAACCAUUACAUCUUCACGUCAUUAGUCAAGACUUUGACUCCAAAUAUCUGAAGACCAAAAAGCAUUACAACUCAUUCACCACGAAGUUCUUCAUUGAUUCCAAAAGUAAUGUCCAUUUGUUUUAAACUCUUCUCAUUCUCUACUCUUGUCUUAAGCUGUGAUCGAAAAUCUCAACAAAUAUGGAAAAGUGGAGUCAAUUGCUAGACAUGACUGCGAAGAACUCAUUAAACAGGACAUAGUUUGCCAUUUUUGUCGACAAAAAGUGGCAAAUAUUCCCAAAUUAAAGAUCCAUUUAUUGAAACACUUUCCCAUUUGAUUGCAUUUGCAUUAACAGUAAAAUCUAUUUUAUUAUUAUUUGAUUAAAGAUUACAUUAAAUUAACAAUUAGUUUGAGG